CAUUAUAAAGGACAAAGGAAUUUGCUCAAAGAUGAAAAUAAUGAGGAUUAUGUUUAUGGCAGGGUAACAACUGGUGACAAAUGGUAUAUUACAUUAGUAAUAUCUGAAGAUAAAAUCAGAGCAAUUA